AUGUUUCUCACCUUCGUGAGGCAUACACCGCCAAAAACCCCAAGAAAUGUGUUUUUCCCAUGGCAGAACUUCAGCAUACACAAGUCAGGGAGCUUCCUUGAAAAGAACAGACUGGCACUAAGGGUGCCAAUUAAUUUAACCAAAUUUGAAAUUAGAGAAUACUUGAGAAAAAUAUAUAAUGCCAAGGUUAUAAAAGUCAACACAUUAAUUAAGGUGCCGGAGAGGAGAAGAAAUUUAACUGACUUUCGUUUCAAUUAUUAUCGAAAUGGGCCAAGAUAUAAAAAGGCAAUCAUCACAUUAGAGCAUGAAGUACCUGAUAGCGUCAAAAUGAUUCAGUCAUGUAAAAAUAUCGGAAGAAAUCCGUACAUCACAAAAAAAAAUGUCAUUUAUGGUGUUCGUAGCGACGUGAAAAUUACACCUACACGGUCGCAACUGUGGCACAUGGGAGAAUGCAGGUAUUCUUGGAGAUUACCUUUGACCAACUUGCUGGCUGAUUAUAAAAUGAAUUUAAACCCUGACUUAAGGAUUGAUGAAAACCUUGUUCAACUUGCCCCGGAUGUGACCAAACCUUUUAUGCAUUCGGGCAUUUCAUCGGAAACGUUCAAGCCGAACAGUGUGCCGGAACAGACCUUUCCGAAGAUCGAUUUAACCCCCUGGAGAAGACAAGUGAAAAAAAUUUACGAAUCGGGUACGUUAGCCCCGCCCGAAUCGUUUCCCAAAGAUCGUAAAAGACAUCAAACGAUUGAGUAUGCUGGUGAAAAUAAAAAUUUUAAAAGGUCAUCCAGAAGCAGUCAGUGGAAGGCCCCUUCGUAG